AUUGUCAGAAGCCAAGGACUAAAAAAAUAUUUCUCUUUACCAAUCAUAAGUCUCCGUAUGAUCUUCUUAGAGGUCUUUGGAUUUGCUAUAUCUUCUUAGGAAGGAGUAACUCAUGGGGAGCAGGCAGAUUGUUGCUGUUCUUCAAAUAGGUGGAGAAUUCACAACUGAGGAUGAUGGUCGUAUGACCUAUUCUGGUGGAGAAGCGCAUGCGAUGCAUGUGAAAAGUGGUUGGACUUUUAAAGCGUUUAAACAUGAGAUAUCUUCAACACUCAAUAAUCUCAAACUUGAUACCUAUGUGUUCAAAUACUUCCUUCCAAGAAAUAAUAAGACUUUGAUUUCAAUUUCCAAUGACAAAGACCUUAAGCGCAUGGUGGAAUUCCAUGCGGAGUCGGAGACAACAUACAUCUACGUCAUUAAGAAGGUUGACAACAGGGUAAUAAUAAGCCCUGUAGAAGACUCCAGCACCCCUGCUGAUUCUGCUAUAACAGGUACUACUCCAGAUGGAUCUAAGCGACAAAAGAUCUGCGCAAGUUGGGAGAAUGCGAUCACUGGAGUUGGCCAAGUGUUUGAAGGUCCAAAGGAAUUCCGUGAUGCAUUACACAAGUAUGCCAUUGCACAUAGGUUUCACUACAGAUUUAUCAAGAAUGACUCUUCUCGUGUCACCGUGGAAUGUACUGAUGAUGUAUGUCCCUGGCGCAUGCAUGCCUCCAAAUCUCCUGCAAAGAAGGAGUUCAUGAUAAAGAAGGUGGUUGGGAGUCAUACAUGUGAGUCCGAGACUGUCAAAAGUCAUCGUCUAGCUUCUCAAAAAUGGGUUGCUAGUGUUAUUAAGGACAAAUUACGUGACAGUCCAAACUACAGACCAAGAGAUAUUGCAAAUGAUCUCCAGCGUGAAUACGGACUAAGCCUGAACUACUCUCAAGCUUGGCGAGGCAAAUUAAUAGCUCGAAAAGAACUUUACAGCCCACAUGAAGAGGCAUGCAAUCAGUUACCUUGGUUUCGUGAUAGAAUUUUAGUAACAAACCCUGGGAGUGUGGCAACAGUAGUGGCAUUGGAAGAUUCAAAGUUCCGCUUCUUUGUUGCAUUCCAUGCCUCCCUUCAUGGUUUUGAGCAUGGUUGCAGGCCUCUUCUCUUUCUCGACGUGGUAUCUGUCAAACCAAAUAAGCAUUGGAAACUACUGGCUGCUACUUCUGUUGAUGGUGAAGGUGAUGUGUUCCCCGUUGCGUUGGCUGUAGUGGAUGAUGAGAGUCAGGAAAACUGGCAUUGGUUUCUUGAACAGCUGAAGGCAUCAUUGCCUAUGCCUGGAGAAUUAACAUUCAUAUCAACUGGAAAAAGUGGUCUGUGGAAUGAUGUUUCUCUAAUAUUUCCAGACAGUUAUCAUGGAUACAAUGUCAACUUUUUUAUUGAAGAAUUCAAAACACAACUGGAUGGCAGUUGGAGUGAAGAUGUAAAAGAUAUAAUGGUCGAGCAUCUUAAGAAAGCCAUAUAUUCAUGCACAGUUGAUGAAUUCAAUCAUUAUAUUGAACUCAUCAAAGCUGAAUCUGAUAAGCUCGCUGAAUGGCUUAUGGAAGCUAAACCUGACCGGUGGUCAGAUGCCUUCUUCAAAGGGUCGCGUCUUGGCCAAUACACAUGCAGCAUUUCUGAGACAAUUUCUGAGUGGAUCCCCAACAGAUAUGAGCUCCCGGUAGUGCAGUUGCUUGAUACAAUCAGAUGUAACCUGAUGGAGACAAUCUAUAUACGCAGGGAAUCUUCCAAUACAUGGUCAGAAGUAUUAACGCCAUCAGCCAAUCAGAAAAUGCAGGAAGAGGUGAGCAAAGCUCUCUCACUCGGUGUUGUUUGCUCAGCUGAAGAUGGAAACAGUAAUGUGUUUGAAGUGUGUGAUGGCUCGGUCUAUGUUGUCAACAUCGAUACAUGGGAGUGCAACUGUGGAAAGUGGCGUGCGUCGGGGAUUCCUUGCCCACAUGCGCUUGCCGUAUUUGAGCAAACAGAACAGAAUCCGCUUGACUACUGUGCCAAGUAUUUCACAACAGAGUGCUACCGCAUGACUUACGCCGUGUCGAUCAACCCGAUACCUGAUGUUAUCGUACCUUCUGCAUCAGCUGACCUAUCACAGGGCGUGGGGUUGCAACCAUGUCCCAUUCUCACCCGUCGCCAAGUCGGCCGACCCAAGGAAAAGCCAGCUGACCCUCGUAUUACAAUCAAAAGGGCAGUGCGCUGCAGCAGGUGCAAGGGUUAUGGGCACAACAAAGCAACUUGCAAAGUCCCUCUCACAGUUACUGCUGCGGUCAGUUCUCAGGUGUAAAUCAUGUUGAUAGUUGCCUUUUAUGGCCCUUUAUUUAUGAAUGAACUCUAGUGGAACCUUUAUGUGAAAACUUUUUUCGGAUGCGGAGUGUUACCUUGUUUGUUUGAUCAUAGCCUGAAUUGUGUUGUACUACUGCGUCAUUAGGUUACAUUGUUGAACGCCUUGAUGAUAUGAUUCCCAGUAGGCACUAGGCAGGAUGGGGAGAAAGCUUUUGAAGGUUGA